UUGUUGAUAGAUGCAGAAGUAGAAGACAAACCUAUUGUGUUGUACCUUUGGUGUUAAUUUAAAACGAGUGGGGGGAAAAAUAAGGAGGUGCAUAUAUGUUAUCCAUUUAGGUGGGCAAACCAGUAUUACAUUUCUGGACAUCAGCAAACAGAGGAGGGGGUAUCCAGUUGUCUACAACCCAAAAGCAUCAUGUGGAGUUUGAGCUACAUGCUUGUUGUGAUUUUCUUGUUUGUUUAUUUGUUUAAGCCCAGUACCAGCAGCGGGCGUGUCUCUGUACAUCUGCUGGAGUAUCACAGGUCAUCAGAUACAGGAUGCAAUGGAAGCUUGUUCUCAUCUAAUCCCUGUGACCUAAUGUUCACCGUCUGUUUCAAGGGGUUGUCCGGCAAAGAUUCCUGCACAAAGACGAGUGACCAGUACAAGGGCACGAGGGACGUCGCAUUUGGGACGAACAUUAAUGGCGGGAUAGCCAAUCCCAUUCUCAAGUCGUUCACUACCUUACAGACAGGUGCGGAGGUUGAGGUCAAAGUGGAUGAUGAUUACUGGUUGUCAUCAACACCUCUUCCUCUGGAUGACUUGAAGACCCCUCUACCGCCGUUUCACAAUGGUGGCACCGUCAACCUUACCGACAGCAAUGCAAGAUUGACACUGACCAUCACUGUGACCUGUGACCCCCACUACUAUGGACCGAACUGUUCUGUCCUGUGUAACCCAGGGUCAGCUGACCACUACACAUGUGACCCGGACGGGUUAAAACACUGCAUUAAAGGCUAUACCGGAAGUGCUUGCCAACAAACACCGUGCCACAACGUUGCCUGCCACAACGGAGGAAUGUGUGUUCUAGUAGGGUCAACAUUCAACUGUUCCUGUCCAUCUGGAUUUAGUGGUGUACAUUGUGAGACCACACCUUGUACAAAGAAUCCAUGUCAGAACCAAGGAACGUGUCAUGUUGUUGGAUCGAUAGCCACCUGUUCCUGUAAAGCUGGAUCUCAUGAACCCAUGUCAGAAUCAAGGAACGUGCCGUUUUACUGGAUCAAAGGUCACCUGUUCCUGUAA